AUGCCGUCUCAAUAUUCGGAAAAAACACUCCAAAGUAGAACUUCGCGUCUUGUAAAAAUCAUCAAUGGACGUAUAGUUCGCGAUCAUAAAAUUAUCAAUGAUGAUGUACUCUAUAUAUACGAAGGAAAGAUCAUUGAUCCACAAAAUCAUUUUUUUACAUACGGUAAUUCACCCGAUACCGUCAUAAACGCCAAAGGAUUAUUGAUCGCUCCAGGAUAUAUCGAUAUACAAAUUAAUGGAGCUUUUGGGGUAGAUUUUUCUGUUUGGAAAGACGAUAAACAAAUGAAAGAAGGAUUGGAUAAAGUCGCGAAAGGUUUACUAAAAAAUGGUUGCACCAGUUUCGUUCCUACAAUUGUUAGCUCUCCAAAAGAAAUUUAUCACAAGGUAUUACCAUUGCUCAAACCGCGUAAAGGCAAUAAAGAAAAUGGCGCAGAAGUAUUGGGUGCACAUGUUGAAGGACCUUUUAUUACACAGAGUAAACAAGGAGCUCACAAAGAGUCUUAUCUUCGAACAGCACCAAAUGGCUUUAAAGAUUUUAUUGAUAUUUAUGGAUUGUAUGAUCAUGCGGUAAAACUCAUAACCGUAGCUCCCGACGUUGAGGGAGCUUUAGACAGUUUGGAAGGUUUGAUAAAUUUUGGUAUAACCGUUAGCAUAGGACAUUCCUCAGCAACCGUGGCUCAAGCAGAAUUAGCGGUUGAAAAGGGGGCAAAGUGUAUCACGCAUUUAUUCAAUGCUAUGCAACAGUUUCAUCAUCGCGAUCCUGGUAUAGUUGGUCUGUUAGGAACCACGCGAUUAGCGAGACCAUUUUAUGGCAUUAUUUGUGAUGGCACUCAUGUUCACCCGAAUUCGAUAAAAAUUGCCUAUGACUCACAUCCGAGGGGUGCUAUUCUUGUCACCGAUGCGAUGGCAGCGAUGGGUCUCCCUCCCGGAGAAUACUCUUUAGGUGGGAUUCCGGUUCGUAAAAGUGGCAAUGAAAAGGUUGAAGUGAUAGAUAAUGGUAAAUUAGCAGGAUCUGUGAUUACUAUCGAUGAGUGUGUCAAAAAUUUUAAAAAAUUUACUGGGUGUAAUGUAAUUGAAGCAAUUGAAGCGGCCACUUUGCAUCCGGCCGAACUUUUAAACGUUCAAAAUGUUAAAGGAACUCUUGAUGUAGGAGCAGAUGCUGAUAUAAUUUUCUUGGACGAUGAUCUCAACCUUGUAAAAUGUUUUAUCGCGGGAGAAGAAGUUAGCAUAUCCUAG